UCUAACAGUCAGUGUUGAGAGUUAGUAUUGUACUAUUGUGCAUUUUGUUCGUCUGUUGUUUGUGGCUAAGUGGUUGCUCAGAUUAAAUCGGCCUCUCAAUACAUUCACAUGUUAGUGACCUGCCCCAGCUUAGAGGUAAAAUUUGCUCAAAACCAUUAACAAGAUUUUAAAAAUAGUUGUUGGUGAUAACAUCUUGAUUAAGUGUACCUAUUAUGGUUUGAGAAACAAGAACAAUUUUCAUACGUUACCCAUUAAUCAUAGCGCUAUCCAUCAAAGCUAUUUUUGAUGCUGUAAAAAUAUCAAAACACAAAUCUGCAUCAGAUGAAGGAAUCAUUUUAUCUAUAGGAAACUGGUGCUAAAUGCAGAAUCAGUGCUCUAAAUUGACUGGGAUGCAUCAUACCAGCAGUGCGUCAAUCCUCGUUGGUAGAAAUAAGAUAAGGGGACAUCACUCCCACAUAUGUUGUCACCGUCUUGAACACGUACAACAUUGUAAAUUUCCGUUCACUGGUUUCAAUAGUAUGCUAUUAGUUUUGAUUUUAGUGUGUUCUAUCAAACUUUAAGAACACCUGAAAAAAAUGAACAUUAAACAGCAUAUCAUAACACAGCAGUCGGGAGCAGGAUUGACCACAACAAGGAGCGUGAAAGUGAAAUACAUUUUGAACUCUCUGCGCAUUAAAAACUCAACGGCUUUGCUGAGCACUGGGGCUAUAAUUGUAAAAGAGUUUGCACCUAUAGCUGUACAAAAUGAAAUAGUAGCUGUACAUGAUGUAGUAGUUGUCAACAAUAAUGCUAAUUUUGAAGAAAAUGACCAGCAAGUGGUUGCUGGAGACCCUGUACCAGUUAUUGAAACUCCAGCUAUUAACAAUGUAGUAGGUUUGUAACAGUGAUAGGUACACUAAUAUUAAAAAUUGAUAUUAUUAAAUGUUUAAUAAUAU